CCCGAGUCCUGCCCUCAGACUGGCACUAUCUCCUGGCAGGCCGAGAUCCAUGCUGCUCGUAACUCCCAGGGCGACGUCUCCCAGAGCAUGAGCGCCCGCAACUCUGUCCCUGGGGCCACGCCUGCACCGGUAGGCUCGUUGUCACAGAGGAAGAGGCAACAGUACGCCAAGAGCAAGAAGCAGGGCGGCUCCACCAACAGCAGGCCGCCCAGGGCCCUGUUCUGCCUCACCCUCAACAAUCCCAUCCGCAGAGCCUGCAUCAGCCUCGUGGAGUGGAAACCCUUUGAUAUCUUUAUACUGCUCUCUAUUUUUGCCAACUGUGUGGCCUUAGCUGUUUACAUCCCCUUCCCUGAGGACGACUCCAACUCCACCAACCACGACCUGGAAACAGUAGAAUAUGCCUUCCUGAUCAUCUUUACGAUAGAGACCUUUCUGAAGAUCAUAGCGUAUGGUUUAGUCAUGCAUCAGAACUCCUACGUAAGGAACGGCUGGAACAUGCUAGAUUUUGUCAUUGUUAUAGUAGGGUUGUUCAGUGUAGUUCUGGAGGUGAUAACCAAAGAGGGUGAUGCGGGGGCUCAGGGGGGUAAACCAGGAGCCUUUGACGUCAAGGCCCUCCGAGCAUUCCGUGUGCUCCGCCCCCUCCGUCUUGUCUCAGGAGUACCCAGUUUACAGGUAGUGUUGAACGCCAUCAUUAAAGCCAUGGUUCCUCUGCUCCACAUCGCUCUGCUAGUCCUCUUCGUCAUCAUCAUCUAUGCCAUCAUCGGCUUGGAACUCUUCAUCGGCAAGAUGCACGCCACCUGCUACCUGGCAGGCACCGGCAUUUUGGCAGAGGAGGAGCCUGUUCCGUGUGCAAUGUCAGGCCAUGGGCGCCAGUGCAUGAUGAAUGGGACUGUGUGUAGAGAGGGAUGGCAUGGCCCCAACAGUGGCAUCACCAACUUUGACAACUUCCUGUUUGCCAUGCUUACUGUUUUCCAGUGUAUCACCAUGGAGGGCUGGACUGAUGUUCUCUACUGGAUGAAUGAUGCCAUGGGCUUUGAGCUACCCUGGGUCUACUUCGUCAGUCUGGUCAUCUUCGGCUCCUUCUUCGUUCUCAACCUAGUUCUGGGAGUGUUGAGCGGAGAGUUUUCCAAGGAGAGAGAGAAGGCCAAGGCUCGUGGAGACUUCCAGAAGCUGAGAGAGAAGCAGCAGCUGGAGGAGGAUCUGAAGGGCUACCUGGACUGGAUCACUCAGGCCGAGGACAUCGACCCUGAGAAUGACGAGGAGGGAGACGAGGAGGGGGUCAAACGCAACCCAAGCAAGCCCGCCAGCGAGACAGAGUCUGUGAACACUGACAACCCCAAUGGAGAGGACGAUAAGGCUAACUGCUGUGGACCACUCUGUCAAAAAAUGAUAAAAUCAAAGUACAGUCGGCGAUGGCGUCGCUGGAACCGGUUCUGCCGCAGGAAGUGUCGUGUUGCUGUGAAGUCAGUGUCUUUCUAUUGGCUGGUGAUCAUUCUGGUGUUUCUCAACACGCUCACCAUCUCCUCAGAGCACUACAACCAGCCUAACUGGCUCACGGAAGUCCAGGAUGUGGCCAACAAGGUUCUGCUGGCUCUGUUUACGUGUGAAAUGCUGGUGAAGAUGUAUAGUCUGGGCCUGCAGGCCUACUUCGUGUCUCUGUUCAACCGCUUCGACUGCUUCGUGGUGUGUGGCGGCAUCGUGGAGACCAUCCUGGUGGAGCUGGCCAUCAUGUCUCCCCUGGGCAUCUCUGUGUUCCGUUGUGUCCGUCUGCUACGCAUCUUCAAGGUCACACGCCACUGGGCAUCUCUCAGUAACCUGGUGGCAUCGCUGCUCAACUCCAUGAAGUCCAUCGCCUCCCUCCUGCUCCUGCUCUUCCUCUUCAUCAUCAUCUUCUCUCUGUUGGGCAUGCAGCUCUUCGGGGGCAAGUUCAACUUCGACGAGACGAUAACUAAGAGGAGCACCUUCGACAACUUCCCCCAGGCGCUACUCACAGUGUUUCAGAUCCUGACAGGCGAGGAUUGGAAUGCUGUGAUGUAUGACGGCAUCAUGGCGUACGGUGGACCCUUCUCCUCAGGCAUGGUCGUCUGCAUCUACUUCAUAAUCCUCUUUGUCUGUGGAAACUACAUCCUGCUGAACGUCUUCUUGGCCAUCGCCGUUGACAACCUGGCAGAUGCAGAGAGCCUGAACACAGCCCAGAAGGAGGAAGAGGAGGAGAAGGAGAGGAAGAAAAGUGCCAGAGAUGACACUGAUAAGAUGGAGGAGCUGAAACCUGAGGGCCAGGAUGGGGAUCUCAAGGUUCCACUGGAGGAGGAAGAGGAGAAGGAGCCGUAUCCCACUCCAGACACUCCAGUUGGUGAUGAUGACAAUGAUAAUGAUAAUCUGCCAGAGGUUCCAGUUGGGCCACGCCCUCAAAGGCUGUCAGACCUCAGCAUCAAGGAGAAGACUCCGCCCAUCCCUGAGGGCAGUGCAUUCUUCAUCUUCAGCAACACUAACCCGGUUCGGGUGGCCUGCCACAAGCUGAUCAACCACCACAUCUUCACCAACCUCAUCCUGGUUUUCAUCAUGCUGAGCUCUGUGUCUCUGGCUGCUGAGGACCCCAUACGGAACUUCUCUGCACGCAACAUCAUCCUAGGCUAUGCAGAUUAUGUCUUCACUAGUAUAUUUACCUUUGAGAUCCUGUUGAAGAUGACAGCUUUUGGGGCUUUCCUCCAUAAAGGAGCCUUCUGCAGGAACUACUUCAACCUGCUGGACCUACUGGUGGUUGGAGUCUCUCUGGUGUCCUUUGGCAUUCAGUCAUCUGCCAUCUCUGUGGUGAAGAUCUUGCGUGUGUUGAGGGUGUUGCGACCCCUGAGGGCCAUCAACAGAGCCAAGGGCCUCAAGCAUGUGGUCCAGUGUGUAUUUGUGGCCAUCAGGACCAUUGGCAACAUCAUGAUCGUCACCACGCUGUUACAGUUCAUGUUCGCCUGCAUAGGAGUGCAGCUAUUCAAGGGCAAGUUCUAUCGCUGCACAGACGAGGCCAAGUCCAGCCCAGAGGAAUGCAAAGGCACAUACAUCCUGUAUAAGGAUGGAGACACAGCGUUGCCUGCAGUUAGGGAGAGGAUCUGGUACAACAGUGACUUCAACUUUGACAACGUCCUCAUGGCCAUGAUGGCUCUGUUCACCGUCUCUACAUUUGAAGGCUGGCCUGCUCUGCUCUACAAGGCCAUCGACUCCAACAGAGAGAAUAUGGGUCCCAUCUACAACUACCGCGUGGAGAUCUCCAUCUUCUUCAUCAUCUACAUCAUCAUCAUCGCCUUCUUCAUGAUGAACAUCUUUGUCGGUUUCGUCAUCGUCACCUUCCAGGAGCAGGGAGAGAAAGAGUACAAGAACUGUGAGCUGGACAAGAACCAGCGUCAGUGUGUGGAGUAUGCUCUGAAGGCUCGUCCACUGAGAAGGUACAUCCCUAAGAACCCCUACCAGUAUAAGUUCUGGUAUGUGGUCAACUCCACAGGCUUUGAGUACGUCAUGUUCGUCCUCAUCAUCCUCAACACACUGUGUCUGGCCAUCCAGCACUAUGGCCAGUCUCACCUGUUCAACUAUGCCAUGGACAUCCUCAACAUGGUCUUCACUGGCGUCUUCACUGUGGAGAUGAUCUUUAAACUCAUCGCCUUCAAACCCAGGCACUAUUUCGCCGAUGCAUGGAACACAUUUGAUGCCUUAAUUGUUGUUGGUAGCGUCGUUGACAUUGCAAUCACAGAGAUCAAUGCCAUCCCAGUGGUGAAGGUGAUUGUGGACCCAGGGAACACUGAGGACAGCGCUCGCAUCUCCAUCACAUUCUUCCGUCUGUUUCGAGUCAUGCGAUUGGUCAAGCUGCUCAGCAGAGGGGAGGGCAUCCGAACGCUCCUGUGGACCUUCAUUAAGUCCUUCCAGGCUCUUCCCUAUGUUGCCCUUCUGAUAGCCAUGUUAUUCUUCAUCUAUGCUGUUAUUGGAAUGCAGGUGUUUGGAAAGAUUGCCUUGGUAGACCACACACAGAUUAACCGAAACAACAACUUCCAGACCUUUCCUCAAGCUGUCCUGAUGCUCUUCAGGUGUGCUACAGGUGAGGCGUGGCAGGAGAUCAUGCUGGCAUGUCUGCCAGGGAAGCUGUGUGACUCAGAGUCAGACUACAACCCCGGAGAGGAGAAAACAUGUGGCAGCGGAUUCGCCAUUAUCUACUUCAUCAGCUUCUACAUGCUCUGCGCCUUCCUGAUCAUCAACUUGUUUGUUGCUGUCAUCAUGGAUAACUUUGACUAUCUGACGCGUGAUUGGUCCAUUCUGGGCCCUCACCACCUGGAUGAGUUUAAAAGGAUCUGGUCUGAGUACGACCCUGAGGCCAAGGGCAGGAUAAAGCAUCUGGAUGUGGUGACCUUGCUGAGACGCAUCCAGCCUCCUCUAGGCUUCGGCAAGCUGUGUCCACACAGAGUGGCCUGCAAGAGACUGGUUGCCAUGAACAUGCCCCUGAACAGUGAUGGCACAGUCAUGUUCAAUGCCACUCUGUUUGCCUUGGUGAGGACCGCUCUGAAGAUCAAAACUGAAGGCAACUUGGAACAGGCCAAUGAGGAGUUGCGAGCGGUCAUCAAGAAGAUCUGGAAGAGGACCAGCAUGAAGCUGCUGGACCAAGUGGUGCCCCCUGCAGGCGAUGACGAGGUAACCGUGGGGAAGUUCUAUGCCACCUUCCUGAUACAGGACUACUUCAGGAAAUUCAAGAAACGCAAAGAGCAAGGCCUGGUGGGAAGACACUCAUUCUCCAGCCUGAACUCCACCAUCGCCCUCCAGGCUGGCCUCCGCACACUGCAUGAUAUUGGGCCCGAAAUUCGCCGAGUCAUAUCGUGUGACCUGCAAGACGAGGGCCUUGUAGACAUGAAUGCAGAAGAAGAUGACGAGGUGUCUAGGAGGAACGGCGUGCUGUUCGCCAACCACACCAAUCACGUUAACGGGGACCACCGGGGUUCUGUCACCCAGCGGCCCCUCCAGGUCCCGCCUCCUUCCUGCCACGCAUUCGUGGAGCCCUCUCAGGUUGGCUCUGAGGAAGGGGCUGGGGACCCCCACCCCUACAACCACUACUACCCCAAAUCCCCCAUGGCCUCCAACGCCAACCUCAACAACGCCAACAUCCCCACUGUGCCCUCCCUGACCAAAGGGGGGCAGAGGUGCUGCCUCCGCCGUGAGCACUCGUCUGCUAAUGGGGCACCCUCCUCCAGCUCGCAACGCAAGAGUGUUGACUUCGACACCCUCACCACGGUCCAGUCUGCAAGGAGGCUCUACUAUGAGACCUACAUUAGGUCAGAAUCAGGGGGUGUUCUGUACCCAACCAUCCGCAGAGAGAAGCUAGGGGGAGCAGACAGUGAUGAUGACAAGGGCUCAGGAGAAUACUUCAGUGGCGAGGAGUAUCAGGAGGAUGACCUCAUGUUGCACAAAGACAGGAUGCCCCAUAAGGAGUUUCAAGACCUUCAAACUGACUUGGACACAAAUGCAUCGAGGGGUUACCAUCAACCUGAUAGUCUCUAUGACGACGACCAGCAACCCAUUUACCAAGAUGGUGGGCGGUCGCCAAAGCGACGGUUGUUCCCCUCUACACCACAGGCACCCCACAGACCCUCCUUCAACUUUGAGUGUUUGCGGAGACAUAGCAGUCAGGAUGAUGACAUCCCCUUGACCCCUUCCGUUCCCCAUCGAACAGCUCUACCCCUGCAUCUGAUGCAGCAACAGGUGAUGGCAGUGGCUGGCCUGGACUCAAGCAGAGUCCAGCGUCUCUCUCCAUCACGCUCUCUACGUUCCUGGGCCACGCCCCCCACCUCCCCCAUUAGCAGGGACCACUCCCCCUACUACACCCCCCUCAUCCAGGUGGACUGGCGUGGUCCCGGCAGUGUGAGCAGCACCCCUGGCUCUGUGAGAAGAAGCUCCUGGUACACUGACGCCCCGGAAGCCCCUUUGAGCCUCACCUACUCCCCCUCACAGCUCCAGAUCCCCCCAGAGUACCGCAGGCAGUACCACCAGAAGAUAGGCAGUGCCAACAGCCUAGUAGAGGCCGUGUUGAUUUCAGAAGGACUGGGGAAAUACGCCAAGGACCCCAAAUUUGUGGCAGCGACGAAGCAUGAGAUCGCGGACGCCUGCGAGAUGACCAUUGAUGAGAUGGAGAGUGCCGCCAGCAACCUGCUGAAUGGCAGUAUGGGUAAUGGAGCGGGGGCAACCGGGGCCACGGACAAAGUGACGGCCACGAGCCUCAGGGACCGUAAUCUCCAUGACUACAGUGAUGAGGAGCCGGACACGAGUGUGAAAUGUGAAGAAGAUCUGACUGAUGAGAUGAUAUGCAUCAGCACCCUAUAACAGUCAGUCACAUAGUCUGACAUGGCACCCUAUAGCAGUCAGUCACAUAGGCUGACAUGGCACUCUAUAGUAGUCAGUCACAUAGGCUGACAUGGCACUCUAUAGUAGUCAGUCACAUAGGCUGACAUGGCACUCUAUAGUAGUCAGUCACAUAGGCUGACAUGGCACCCUAUAGCAGUCAGUCACAUAGGCUGACAUGGCACCCUAUCAGCCUAUGUCAGUCACAUAGGCUGCGUCUGACAUGGCACCCUAUAGCAGUCAGUCACAUAGGCUGCGUCUGACAUGGCUCCCUAUAGCAGUCAGUCACAUAGGCUGCGUCUGACAUGGCACCCUAUACCGUAUGAAGUGCACUUGUGCACUAUAUAGGGGGAGAUGUGCCUUUUGGAGUGCCUUUCUUUCUGUGGAAUGAAUAGAUGGAUGGAAACACUGCCAGCUGGAGAGGACUGGAGGGAUGGAAGGACAUGCUAAGGAUCUAACUACAGAGGAGUGGAAAGAGGGAGGGACACGCUAGGGAUCCAACUACAGAGGACUGGAGGGAUGGAAGGACAUGCUAAGGAUCCAACUACAGAGGAGUGGAAGGAGGGAGGGACACGCUAGGGAUCCAACUACAGAAUGGAGGGAUGGAAGGACAUGCUAAGUAUCCAACUACAGAGGAGUGGAGGGAUGGAGGGACAUGCUAAGGAUCCAACUACAGAGGAGUGGAGGGAUGGAGGGACACGCUAAGGAUCUAACUACAGAGGAGUGGAGGGAUGGAGGGACACGCUAAGGAUCCAACUACAGAGGAGUGGAGGGAUGGAGGGACACGCUAAGGAUCUAACUACAGAGGAGUGUAGGGAUGGAGGGGAACGCUAAGGAUCCAACUACAGAGGAGUGGAGGGAUGGAGGGACACGCUAAGGAUCCAACUACAGAGGAGUGGAGAGAUGGAAGGACAUGCUAAGGAUCUAACUACAGAGGAGUGGAGGGAUGGAGGGACACGCUAAGGAUCCAACUACAGAGGAGUGGAGGGAUGGAGGGACACGCUAAGGAUCUAACUACAGAGGAGUGGAGGGAUGGAGGGACACGCUAAGGAUCCAACUACAGAGGAGUGGAGGGAUGGAGGGACAUGCUAAGGAUCCAACUACAGAGGAGUGGAGGGAUGGAGGGAUACGCUAAGGAUCCAACUACAGAGGAGUGGAGAGAUGGAGGAACAUGCUAAGGAUCCAACUACAGAGGAGUGUAGGGAUGGAGGGGAACGCUAAGGAUCCAACUACAGAGGAGUGGAGGGAUGGAGGGGCACGCUAAGGAUCCAACUACAGAGGAGUGGAGGGAUGGAGGGGCACGCUAAGGAUCCAACUACAGAGGAGUGGAGAGAUGGAAGGACAUGCUAAGGAUCUAACUACAGAAGAGUUUCACCCAACUCUCUUUCUCUCUGUCUGGCAACACCCAGUGAACCGGAGAGUGAGAUAUAGGUAGGGGUUGUCCCUUAGGGGAUGCAGUAAUGCUAGGUUUGCCGUGCACUCAGGAUGAGUAGGAUUAGUGUCACCGCCACAAUGACUUCAUACAGAAAUCACAUAUCAGUGACAUCACGUUCCAGUCCUCAGGCAUAUCCCCCCUGCCUCCCAUUUGCCUUACCCUCUGCACAGAGAUACUGAGAAUAGUGAGUCAUAGUUGUAGUGGUGGCCAUUUUACAGACCGCUUUUUGAAACUGUGAACAACCAACACACAAGAAAACAGUGUACUCUAAUAUCACACACUCAUUCCUGCCCAACCAAUCAAUCUUCAGGGAUGACAGGGUUCCGAUCGAUAGACACAUGUACAGGUACAGACACUAGAAGCCAUGUUGUUUUGUGAAAGGAAAAAGCUAUUAAGUUGUAGAUAUUUUUUAAACACUGUAAGAAAAAUAAACUAUAGAAAAUAGAUGCUUUGUAUUUAGUUAAUUAUGAAUCGUUACAUGUAUAGCAAUAUCGUCCCCAUGCCUAUGUUUUAUUCGUGAAUUAAUAUGAAAUUAUAUUUUAUAAUCUUGUCGCCUUUUCUCCCGCUAGAAUGCAUUAUGUUUAAGCAUAGCAGUUUAAGGAGGAUAAUGUUGAUUUAGAAUGACUAUGAUGUCAAACAGAGCUGCUUUCACUGAAGUGUACGUACAGUAUGGCUGUACAGAAGGAGGGUUUACCAUUUACCAGCUUAGCUCACUGCCAACAGAAAUAUAUAGUUUCAGGUUACAUUGAGGACAACUGUUUUUCAUUGUGUAUUGUACAGCACUAGAGCAGUUUAACUGUUUACUUUGUCACUGUGCUUCUUCUUCAACUGCGUACUGUCAUGGAAAUGUGUUCAUUUCCUGUCAACCUUUACAGUAUGUGCAAUGAAAGGGCUCCUUCGAAAAAACACCAAAAGGGAAAAUCUUUGCUUAGAAGACACAUAGCUGUGGCCAAUAAAGCUGUAUGACUAAUAUGCAUUUUCCAAACGUGUAAAGUCAAGUUCAACAUAAACGCAUGUCAUGUCAGGGAUCUUUGUGAAAUGUAAAUUCCUUAACAAUGGAAUAUAGUGUUUACAACUACUAGAGUUUCCUCAGCAUCACUAACAUCUUUCUCUCAACACAAAACACUGCUCUCAGUUCAACACAUGAAUGAUGGAAGGCAUGAAAGAUGGCAUAGUGAUGGCCACUCAGUGGGGUUUUAUUUAGAAGGGAUAAUACAGCUUUGGUCAAAAUGUACUUUUUAUAUAGCAGGUUAGGAGAAAUAGGUUAAGGUUAGGAAAAGCGUUAAGGUUAGCUAAAAGUAAUUGAAAAAAUAACUUUUGACGUCAAUUUGACAAAAGUUGUAUCCCAUCUAGAAAUGACCACUCAGUGAGUGUUUAGACUCAGUGGGGUUCAAAUCCUGACAUGACGGUAUGCAUGCAUGCCUUCCAGGACCGGUAAUGAUAACUACUGCACCAGAGGUUAUAUCAUUGGCUCAAAAUGUCUUUGAGAUGGUGACACUGUACUUUUCCUGGGGCUAUGUACAGUUGAACUCAAAGUUUACAUACACUUAGGUUGGAGUCAUUAAAACUCCUUUUUCAACCACUCCACAAAUUUCUUGUUAACAAACUAUAGUUUUGGCAAGUCGGUUAGGACAUCUACUUUGUGCAUGACACAAGUAAUUUUUCCAACAAUUGUUUACAGACAGAUUAUUUCACUUAUAAUUCACUGUAUCACAAUUCCAGUGGGUCAGAAGUUUACAUACACUAAGUUGACUGUGCCUUCAAACAGCUUGGAAAAUUCCAGAAAAUUAUGUCAUGGCUUUAGAAGCUUCUGAUAGGCUAACUGACAUAAUUUGAGUCAAUUGGAGGUGUACUUGUGGAUGUAUUUCAAGGCCUACCUUCAAACUCAGUGCCUCUUUGUUUGACAUCAUGGGAAAAUCUAAAUAAAUCAGCCAAGACCUCAGAAAAAAAAUGUAGACCUCAAAAAUUCUGGUUCAUUCUUGGGAGCAAUUUCCAAAUGCCUGAAGGUACCACGUUCAUCUGUACAAACAAUAGUACACAAGUAUUAACACCAUGGGACCACGCAGCCGUCAUACCGCUCAGGAAGGAGACACGUUCUGUCUCCUAGAGAUGAACUUACUUUGGUGCGAAAAGUGCAAAUCAAUCCCAGAACAACAGCAAAGGACUUUGUGAAGAUGCUGGAGGUACAAAAGUAUCUAUAUUCACAGUAAAACGAGUUCUAUAUCGACAUAACCUGAAAGGCCGCUCAGCAAGGAAGAAGCCACUGCUCCAAAACCUCCAUAAAAAAGCCAGACUACGGUUUGCAACUGCACAUGGGGACAAAAAUCGUUCUUUUUGGAGAAAUGUUCUCUGGUCUGAUGAAACAAAAAUAGAACUGUUGGGACAUAAUGACCAUCGUUAUGUUUGGAAGAAAAAGGGGGAGGCUUGCAAGCCGAAGAACACUAUCCCAACCGUGAAGCACAGGGGUGGCAGCACUUCAACAAUAUAGAUGAAAUGAUGAAGAAGGAAAAUGAUGUGGAUAUAUUGAAGCAACAUCUCAAGACAUCAGUCAGGAAGUUAAAGCUUGGUCGCAAAUGGGUCUUCCAAAUGGACAAUGGCCCCAAGCAUACUUCCAAAGUUGUGGCAAAAUGGCUUAAGGACAACAAAGUGAAGAUAUUGGAGUGGCCAUCACAAAGCCCUGACCUCAAUCCUAUAGAAAAUGUGUGGGCAGAACUGAAAAAGCGUGUGUGAGCACGGAGGUCUACAAACCUGACUCAGUUAAACCAGCUCUGUCAGGAGGAAUGGGCCAACAUUCACCCAACUUAUUGUGGGGAGCUUGUGGAAGGCUACCUGAAAUGUUUGACCCAUUUGCUACCAAAUACUAAUUAAGUGUAUGUAAACAUCUGACCCACUGGGAAUGUGAUGAAAGAAAUACAAGCUGAAAUAAAUAAUUCUCUCUACUAUUAUUCUGACAUUUCACAUUCUUAAAAUAAAGUGGUGAUCCUAACUGACCUACGACAGGGAAAUUUUACUCGGAUUAAAUGUCAGGAAUUGUGAAAACUGAGUUUAAAUGUAUUUGGCUAAGGUGUAUGUAAACUUCUGACUUCAACUGUAUGUGAUUACAGAGACCUUUGAGUCAGAGAUCUGCCAAGUGAUAUGUGAAGGUAAAUUCCACUAAAUUGAAUCAUCUUUAAUUAUACUGUUUGCAAGUGAGAAAAACAAAAACUACAUUGAGAAACAAAAGGUUCGUUAUACAGCUUGUGCAAUUCACAGCUGAAUUGUUUGUACUGCUUCCGUUGUGUAAGAACCUGUGCAGAAUGUGAAGGUUAAUGUGAUUCACUGUACUUGAAGAAUCCUGCUUUCUACCCGCUAACGUUACAGCUCAUUCCACUUUGUAGCAGAUUAGUUUUACCUUCAGAUUUUAUACUGUUGAAACCCCUUUUUUGUACAGUUCCUUUAUUCUUUUGAAUAUUUGCCUGGAAUGCUGAUGAUUUUGUAACGAUCACAACUGAAUAAACUCUCCAAGUCACUCAAUGGCUCCAGAUGACAGUAUCUGUGUUAAAUGUACUCGGCGGCAGGAAUUUGCCAAACAAAAAAUAUGGACUUUGCAUAUGAUCAAAACAAUUACCAUCACAGCUGUUAGUGAGUGUGUAAAACGCAGGGUGCAAAGUGAUGAUGGAAGAGUUCGCUAAUAUUCCUAAUUUAAAACGUAGUCAAAAGCUAACACUAACAUGGUGGUUAAUAAUACUUUCCGAAUGCACUGUACACGUGACUGUGAACGUGUUGAAACUAGAGAGUACAUUUGUGUGGGAUCAUUAUGUCUUAUCUAGGCUCAGUUGUACAGCUUCAGUGAAUUUCUCUAGAAAUGUCAUAAAUGUGACUGGAACAUUGCCCAUUGUGAUGUUUGGCUAGCUGGCAGCUGUUGAUUAAGUACCAACAUUUCCAUAGAAAUCAUAAGAGCAAUAGAUUCCGAGGAAUUGAGAUAUGCAAACAAUGUGUUGUUACCCCCAUUCAAAACAAUGGAUUGGAUUAGGUAAAAAGACAGAUAGAAAAGGUUCAGUAAAAUGUAAGUGCUGGUGAU